AUGACUUCCAGGAAACCAAAAGUCCAAAUUCUACUCUCCGUGGAUUUCGAUGCCGUCUCGGGCUUCCUAGGGACUGGUGCUUCGGCUACAACCAAUCUGGCCGAUUAUAGCAGUGGCUUUUUCGCAGCUCAAGUCGGAGUGCCACGCUUAUUGCGUCUCUUUAAGAAACAUGGAAUUAGUUCCUCGGUGACUUGGUUUGUCCCCGGUCAUUCAAUGGAAUCAUUCCCAGCAGAGACCAAAGCAAUUGUUCAAUCGGGCGCUGAAAUCGGUUGCCAUGGAUAUGCGCACGAGGGCUCCAGUCAAAUGACUGAGUCACAGGAGAGAGAGGUCAUCGCCAAAUGUGUGCAGCUGGCAACCGACUUGACUGGAAAGCAACCUCGAGGAUGGAGAGCACCAUUAUAUCAGUUGCGAACACACACCAUUCAAGUUCUAGAAGAGUUUGGAUUUUUAUACGAUUCAUCCCUCACGCAUCAUGAUUCGGCGUUGUACUUUGUCCCUCGAAUGUCAGAGCCCAAGGCCAUUGACUUCUCGCCUUCCAAGUCUGCUUCUACUUGGAUGAAGCCCCUCCCCGCUCCUGCAGCCAGAACUCCGCGGAGUUUGGUUGAAAUUCCGUGCAAUUGGUAUAUGGAGGACAUGACUCCAAUGCAGUUUCUUCCAGCGGCCGAAAACUCGCACGGGUUCGUUAGUCCGAUCACCAUUGAGCAAAAUUGGAAGUCGCGGUUUGAGUUCCUUUACAGUGAGGCUCUCGAAAAAUCAAUCGAGGAAGAUUCCGAGCAAGGCUUUGUUUUUCCUUUGGUGCUGCACCCAGAUACUAGUGGAAUGGCUCAUGUGGUUGGGAUGAUUGAUCGAAUGAUUUCGUGGCUCAAACAGCGGGAGGUUGAAUUUGUGACAUUUGGCGAUGCAAUCGGCCUGCGUUAUAAAUCAGAGACUCUGAGGGACCUUCGUCAACGUCUCUCGUCAGAGGGAAGCUUGACAUGCUCCAUGGACCCCGAAGUACUGGUUAUCAUGAUCAUGCUAUGUCUUUACGAGAUAGUCGACAAGUGUGAUCAACAAUGGAUCAUCCAUCUCAAAGGCGCCAACGACUUAAUCCAAUUGCGAAGAAAACAGCAAAUGACAUUAUUGCAGUCAACAGCCCCAUCGGAUCCUGUGACGAGCUUUGCAGAGCAAUUUUUUGCCUUCCAGGAUGUCAUGGGCCGAACCGCCUGUGCCAAAGAGGUCUUGUUUGGUACCGACUACUGGAAACCGGACGAACACAACAUCGAUCUUUGGAUGGGAUGCAGCCCUGAAUUGGUGUCAAUCCUCGCCAAAAUCACAGAUAUGAGUCGAACAAGGAGACAACAUACGUCUGAUGCGGACAAGGCGUCGUUCUCACUACGUGCAGCCUCCCUUGAACGCCAACUAGAGAACUUAGUCCAAGAGAUGGGGAAGGCUGACGAAAUUCUUGGACUGGUUGCAGAUGCUAAGCGGCUGGCUGCAAUGCUUUACUUACAUUGCUCUCUGUACGGGGCUGGUCCCGCCACACCUUUGGUGAAGACUUAUGUGCGCCAGAUUCUGCGACUCAUAUCGGACCUCCUUGGCCGUAAAUCGCUAGUCAAUGUGACAUGGCCAGUCUUUGUGGCAGCCGUGGAGCUUGAUCCAUCUGACGAUGAGCUCUUCCCGGAAUCGGAAAUGGAAUCAAAGUCGGGACGAGCGAUUGUGCUACGUUCCCUGGCAACAAUGGCCGAUUCAACGAUCUCGAACAUUGCUAGAACACGGGCAGUGAUCACUAAGCUAUGGCAGACACGCGAUUCGGAUUUGAUCAAGGGGAGCGUUCUGCAAAAUCAAUGCAAUGAUUGGGAAUGGCAUGUGGUGCCAAUCAGCAAUGCCAUGAGUCUGGCGUGA